AUGCCCAAAGUUAUCGGUACACACAGCGGACACUUUCACUGCGAUGAGGCUUUAGCCGUAUGGAUGCUCAAGCAGACUGCUGAAUUUAACGAUGCCAGUCUUGUUCGCACUCGUGAUCCUGCAAAGUUGGCAGAGUCCGAUGUCAUCGUUGAUGUCGGUGGUGUCUAUGAUCCUGCACAGAGCAAGUUUGAUCACCACCAGCGUGGAUUUGUUGAGACCUUUGACGAGAAGCACGCAACCAAGCUUAGCUCUGCUGGCCUUGUUUACAAGCACUUUGGUCGUGAGGUUAUCUCCAACAUUAUCGGCAAGUCCCACAGCAAUGAGGACCUUGAGACAAUCUACCAAAAGACUUACAAUGAUUUUAUCGAGUCUUUGGAUGCCAACGACAACGGUAUCAGUGCAUACCCCAGUGACAUCACUCCUUUGUUCAAGGAAAGCCCUACCAGCUUGCCUUCCCGUGUCGCCAAGAAGAACCCCGCAUGGAACGAGUCUCUCACUGAUCCCGAAAUCGAUGCUCGCUUUGUAGAGGCAUCUAACUUGACUGGUGAGGAAUUGGCUGGCUAUGUCAAGAACUUGAUUGCUGCCUGGCUCCCUGCACGUACCUUGGUUGUCGAUGCCUUGGAGCACCGUAACGAGGUUCACUUGUCCGGCCGCGUCCUUGCUCUUGAGCGUUCGUGUCCCUGGAAGGAGCACUUGAUGGACCUUGAGAAGGAACGUGGUUUGACUGGUGACAAGAGCAUCCUCUACGUCCUCUACCCAGAGUCCAGCCCCGAGGGUAACUGGCGUAUCCAGUGUGUACCUACCCGCCCCGAAGGUUUUGAAAACCGCAAGAGUCUUCCCGAAAGCUGGAGAGGUUUCCGGGAUAAUGAGCUUAGCCAGAUCUCCAAGAUUGAUGGCUGUAUCUUUGUUCACGCUGGAGGUUUCAUUGGAGGAAACAAAUCUCGCCACGGAGCUUACGAGAUGGCUAGACUUUCUCUUGAAUUGUAAAUUUUGCAUCUAUUUAUAAAAAAAUAAAAAAUAAAAAGCAUACAGAAAUAUAAUCAAAAUGAAAAGGUCGUGUACCUAAAAAAUAUAUAACUAUUUUGUACUAAAAAACUGUAUACUUUUGUUGAAAUAUU